UCAUAAAGUGAAGGGAGGUAUGGUGGCUGUCUGAGUCUAUGACUGCCUGGUUAGGGUUGACUGUCACUCUUUGCUGUGUAUUGUAAUUAAUUGGCAUUAACGUAGCUGUUUUACGGUGAUAGAUGGAAGAGGAAUAUCGGACAGAGAUGAAGACUAACAGCAGCAGUAACAUGAGUUCAUCAGCAGAGAAACAAACAGGCAAAAACCUAGCCGGACCUCAUGUUAAGAUUGAGGAGGGUUUCGAAGAAGGACAAACUGAUCGAUAUGAGCGUGCCGACACUUGGGAGAAAACACACCGAUGUGACCUGUGUGAGCAGAGCUUCUGUUCCUCAACAUGUCUAAAGUGUCAUCAGUCUAUCAACACUGGAGAGAAGCUGUACACCUGUGAGCAGUGCGGAAAGAGUUUUACUCAAUCGGCACAUUUAAAGAAACAUCAGCACACUCACACCGGAGAGAAGCCAUACACCUGUGAGCAGUGCGGAAAGAGUUUUACUCAAUCGGCACAUUUAAAGAGACAUCAGCACAGUCACACCGGAGAGAAGCCGUACACCUGUGAGCAGUGCGGAAAGAGUUUUACUCAGUCGGCACAUUUAAAGAGACAUCAGCACACUCACACCGCAGAGAAGCUGUACACCUGUGAGCAGUGCGAAAAGAGUUUUAUUCAACCUGGAGACUUAAAGAAACAUCAACACAUUCAUACUGGAGAGAAGCUGUACCUCUGUGAGCACUGCGGAAAGAGUUUUGCUCAAUCUGGAAACUUACAGACACAUCAGCGCAUUCACACUGGAGAGAAACCAUACACCUGUGAGCAGUGUGGAAAGAGUUUUACUCAAUUGGCACAUUUAAAGACACAUCAGCGCACUCACACUGGAGAGAUGCUGUACACCUGUGAGCAGUGCGGAAAGAGUUUUAUUCAAUCUGGAAAUUUAAAGACACAUCAGCGUAUUCAUACUGGAGAGAAGCCGUACACCUGUGAGCAGUGCGGAAAGAGUUUUGCUCACUCUAGAGACUUCAAGAAACAUCAGCGCAUUCAUACUGGAGAGAAGCCGUACACCUGUGAGCAGUGCGGAAAGAGUUUUACUGGAUCUGGAAAUUUAAAGAAACAUCAGCACAUUCAUACUGGAGAGAAACCCUACACCUGUGACCAGUGCGGGAAGAGUUUUACUCAAUUGGCAAAUUUAAAGAAACACCAGCGCAUUCAUACUGGAGAGAUGCUGUACACCUGUGAGCAGUGCGGAAAGAGUUUUGCUCACUCUGGAGUCUUCAAGAGACAUCAGCGCAUUCAUACUGGAGAGAAGCCAUACACCUGUGAGCAGUGCGGGAAGAGUUUUGCUCACUCUGGAGACUUCAAGAGACAUCAGCGCAUUCAUACUGGAGAGAAGCCGUACACCUGUGAGCAGUGCGGGAAGAGUUUUACUGAAUCUGGAAAUUUAAAGACACAUCAGCGCAUUCAUACUGGAGAGAAGCCAUACACCUGUGAGCAGUGUGGAAAGAGUUUUAUUCAAUCUGGAGACUUCAAGAGACAUCAGCGCAUUCAUACUAGAGAGAUGCUGUACACCUGUGAGCAGUGCGGAAAGAGUUUUGCUCACUCUGGAGUCUUCAAGAGACAUCAGCGCAUUCAUACUGGAGAGAAGCCGUACACCUGUGAGCAGUGCGGAAAGAGUUUUACUCAAUUGGCACAUUUAAAGACACAUCAGCGCACUCACACUAGAGAGAUGCUGUACACCUGUGAGCAGUGUGGAAAGAGUUUUGCUCACUCUGGAGACUUCAAGAAACAUCAGCGCAUUCAUACUGGAGAGAAGCCGUACACCUGUGAGCAGUGCGGAAAGAGUUUUACUCAAUUGGCACAUUUAAAGACACAUCAGCGCACUCACACUCGAGAGAUGCUGUACACCUGUGAGCAGUGUGGGAAGAGUUUUACUGAAUCUGGACAUUUAAAGACACAUCAGCACAUUCAUACUGGAGAGAACCUGUACACCUGUGAGCAGUGUGGGAAGUGCUUCUCCUCCUCUACUAAUCGGAGGUGUCAUCAGCGUGUCCACACUAGCGGGAAGCUUCUCACCAUCAGCUCACUCACACUGUGUGUAGAGAGUGGACUCGACCUGUCUGGAGUUCUCAGUUAA